UUAUGUUCUAAGCAUGUCAUUGUAUAGGGCACUUGAUGAUAGCUGAUCCAUGGAUGAACAUAAGGACAGGGUGUUUCUCAUCACAGCUCCGGUAUUGGGGAAGGCAUUGCUGUCCAUCUCGCCAAGACCGGGGCAAGGUUGUCCUUGACCGGAAGAAAUAAAGUCAAUCUAGAGGCGGUUAAGGAUAAAUGUGUGACGGAGGGUUUAUCGCCUGACAAGGUUCUCCUCAGCGCGGGUGACUUAACUUCCAGAGAUUUUAAAAAGUCGCUCGUGGAACAAACAAUUGAACAUUUUGGAAGACUGGAUGUUCUUAUAAAUAAUGCUGGUAUGGGGAGGCCAUUAACAAUUUCAACGGAAACAGAGGAGAACUUUGACGAAAUCAUGAACGUUAACAUCAAGUCAGCGUAUUUUCUCACACAGCUGGUGAUACCAUAUCUCAAGGCAAGGAAAGGUUGCAUCAUUAAUAUAUCGAGUGUACUGUCUACUACCGCAGUGGAGAUGCCUGGAACUUGUUCUUAUUCCAUGUCCAAAGCAGCCAUGGAUGCCUUCACUAGAGGAUUAGCACUGGAGUUAGCGCCCCAUGGAGUGCGAGCAAACACCGUAAGGCCUGGAGCAAUUCGAACCAAUUUUUAUACACGUGAUAACAUUCCUGGAGUGGUAGAUGAAGAAUCGUACAAUAAGUUUCUUGAUGCGAUUGCAAAAGAGAAUCCCACUGGUCGGAACACUGAGCAGGAAGAGGUAGCCCCGAUUGUCUGUUUCUUGGCCUCUGAUAAAGCAUCGCACAUAAAUGGAGGAGAUAUAGUCGUGGAUGGUGGACGUCAUAUCCUGUACUAGAUAGGACUGUAACAGGGGCAUCAAAACACUAGAAGUCAAUAUCAUUGUCUUUAUGAUAUUUUUCGGAAUUGAAACAAAUAGAAUACAUAGGAACAAAAUUUACAUUUAAACUAUUCGGAUGUAAUGUAAAAUAAAUAUAUGUUCGUUACAAGUUUUUGAUGAAACCAGAAGAACUCAUUUAAACAGAGAUAAAUUUAUAGAAUAAUUAACCUAUUAAUAUAUUAUAUGUAGAUACAUGUAUUUAUAUAUUAACCUGUUAAUAUAUCUGAUCGAUAGUACUUGUAAUCGAUUAGAACAUACGAAGUUUACCUGCAUGUAAUUGAAUAAUCGGAAAAUAGAAUAUUUGAAAAUCGGAAAAUAGAAUAUUUUUAAAGUUGAAUAUUCAAAAACACUUUUUACAAAUGAAGCUUCUGUAUUAAAUUGAUAAUUUAGCGUUUUCGAAUAUCUUUUUCAAGCUGAUUUGGAGACAAUUAUGGUUUCUUGUUUGAGAUCGCGGGAUUAUUUGCCAGUUUGUGAAGUGUUAAUUACUGAUAUAUCGUAUUGUUACUCCAUUGUCUUCAAUGAUAUGCUGUGAACCAUCGUCUAUGU